UACCCAUUUUGCAGAAGAAGAAACUGAGGCUCCAAGUGGAGGCAAUGGUUUGCCCAAGAUCAACAGGUUUAGUAGGGAGACAGGGUAUGGAGUCCAACCCAGUCCGGGCGGUUCCCAGGCAAGACCCAUGAAUCAAUUAAACCGACCAAUCCAAUCGACCAAUCAGUAUUUAUUAGGGCCUACUGCGUGCAGCUCUUCUCGCGGCGCGGGCGAAGAGAGGAGGUUGCGGUGCACAGGCGGCUGCGAAAACUAGAGGCCAUAGCCGAAUCGCGGGAAUUUGGCGCCUAUUUUUUGUUGGUUGGGUGUUCUCGCCUGUGAUUGGGCCCCCGCCCUGCGUGGGUGCGCCGGGCUGCGGCUGGUCGGCCGACCCUGGCAAGACGCCGGCGGCGCAGCACUCAACCGGCCUUCCGGGGGAUGGGCCACCAGGAGCCUUCGCUGGCCCGACUGAGGGCCGGACGUGCGGCUUAUAUAAAAAGGUUACGUAAAGGGCUCAGCUGGCGCGAACACGUGGAGAGCCGCGGGAGCCCGGACGCCCAGCUGUCCCCCGAGAGCACUGCUGCCGUCACUCGUGCAGUAGCAGGCGCCGUCGCCCGCCCGACUCGGGCCGCGGCCUCCCGCGCGGCUCCGUACCCGAGGCAGCCCUGUCCCGGGGCGGACCAUCCCCAGCCGGGGGCCUUAGGAGGGAAACGCGCUGCCCGGAAGUGGAAGGGCGCCGGCCAGGUCACAAUCCAAGGUCCCGCUCUUCCGCGUCCCGGGGCCGGACGGAGGGAUGAGGCAGGGGGGUCCCGGGCAGCGCCGUUGCUGCUCCCCCCGCCGCCCGCAGCCAUGGAAACGGGGGAGGAGGACGGCGCUCGCAGAGGUACACAAAGCCCCGAGCGGAAAAGGCGAAGCCCAGUGCCGCGGGCGCUCAGCGCGAAGCUGAGGCCGGCGGCGGCGGCCCAGGCCAUGGAUCCGGUGGCGGCUGAGGCCCCGGGCGAGGCCUACCUGGCGCGGCGGCGGCCGGAGGGCGGCGGCGGGUCGGCGCGGCCGCGCUACAGCCUGUUGGCGGAGAUCGGGCGCGGCAGCUACGGCGUGGUGUACGAGGCAGUGGCCGGGCGCAGCGGGGCCCGGGUGGCGGUCAAGAAGAUCCGCUGCGACGCCCCCGAGAACGUGGAGCUGGCGCUGGCCGAAUUCUGGGCCCUGACCAGCCUCAAGCGGCGCCACCAGAAUGUCGUGCAGUUUGAAGAGUGCGUCCUGCAGCGCAACGGGCUCGCCCAGCGCAUGAGCCACGGCAACAAGAGCUCGCAGCUUUACCUGCGCCUGGUGGAGACCUCGCUUAAAGGAGAAAGGAUCCUGGGUUAUGCUGAGGAACCCUGCUAUCUCUGGUUUGUCAUGGAGUUCUGUGAAGGUGGAGACCUGAAUCAGUAUGUCCUAUCCCGGAGGCCGGACCCAGCCACCAACAAGAGCUUCAUGCUGCAGCUCACAAGCGCCAUUGCCUUCCUGCACAAAAACCACAUCGUGCACAGGGACCUAAAGCCAGACAACAUCCUCAUCACAGAGCGGUCUGGCACGCCCAUCCUCAAGGUGGCAGACUUUGGACUAAGCAAGGUCUGUGCUGGUCUGGCCCCCCGAGGUAAAGAGGGCAAUCCAGACAACAAAAAUGUGAAUGUGAAUAAAUACUGGCUGUCCUCAGCCUGUGGCUCAGACUUCUACAUGGCCCCUGAAGUCUGGGAGGGACACUACACAGCCAAGGCUGACAUCUUUGCCCUGGGCAUUAUCAUCUGGGCAAUGAUAGAAAGAAUCACUUUCAUUGACUCUGAGACCAAGAAGGAGCUCCUGGGGACCUAUAUCAAACAGGGGACUGAGAUCGUCCCUGUUGGUGAGGCGCUGCUAGAAAACCCAAAGAUGGAGUUGCACAUCCCCCAGAAACGCAGGACUUCCAUGUCUGAGGGGAUCAAGCAGCUCUUGAAAGAUAUGUUAGCUGCUAACCCACAGGACCGGCCUGAUGCCUUUGAACUUGAAACCAGAAUGGACCAGGUCACAUGUGCUGCUUAAAAUUCAGGGCAAAGCAUCUUGGGUGUUUUUCAACUAGGUUGACCCUCGGGACCCACAGUCUCAUCGUGUCUCGCACAGAAUUCAGCAGAGGGCACAGGUGGUGGCUUGGCCGGUUGGUGAUCUCCUGACAGCCGGGUCUCCAGCAAUGUGAAGCUUUCAUUUGGGUUUUCCCCUUCCUCUUACUUUUGCUUUAUUUUUUUGUCCCACCCCCCCUUUUUUUUUUUUAAUUUAAACGAUUAAGACUUCAGAAGAGCAGGAAGUUAUGCUGUGGACAGGCACCACUUUCUUUAAAGAAACUCAAUAUGGACAAAGCAUAUGUAUAAAUUUCACUUUUAAUUUUUACAAGGGGUUAGGGAGGUAUUUUGUUUUUGUCCUUUAUUUUCCCUGUCUUCUUUCUUUUACCCAUCUCUUAGUUCUGCUUAUAACACCUCACUUCCCCAGAGAAGGCCUACCCCUCCGUGGAGAAUUUGGGGACCUCUCCUGGAUCAGGGGGCAUAAGGACAGAAGGAGGCCUCUGUGCCGCCUCCCCACCAGGUGCAGGAACUGCUGGACUCCCUGGUGGGCUGCUCCUGGUUGGCCCUUGGGCCUUGGAGAUGAUCAGAGGCCAAGAACCACCUAGGAGGGGAAGACCCGAGCUUGGCCAGGAGAACUCAAGAAAGAAGAUCCCUCUUUGGAGUUUGUCUUCUUUAAGCGGUUGGAAAUCCAGAGUCACACCAGGACUUACUACUGCCCUUCAUAACCAGGGGGUUCUGACGGGGGAGGGCCAGAAGGUGACCAUCGCUUACUCCCCGGUAAUUGAGCUGCCAGCCCAACCCAGCUCUACAAGCCUACCUUUCUGUCAGUGAUCUUCCUCCCAGAUGAUGAUUCCCUGGGAAAAAAUGUCGUGCCAAACCUCUGCCUAGGAUACAGCAGGGUCUUCAGCGGGCAUCUGUCACUCCUGUGAAGUCAGCACCUACCACCUCCUGCCUCCAGGAUCAUCAUCUACCCCGAUGUGGCCGCCAGAUGUCCAGGGUGUCAGAGCUCCCUGCGACCCAGUUGUGAGCAUUGCUGUAAGAACAGGGUGUCCUAAACCGGCUGUUAUCUCCUCACAGUGCAGCGGGUGCCCUGUGAGCCAGGCCCGUGCUGUCAUAUAUGGUGACAAUACCGAGCGUCGUCUCCCUCCCCGCAGAGACUUCCUGUUAGGUGCCCGCCCUCCAUGUAAAUGUGUCUGAUGGGAAAGGAUGGACCUGGCUGAGCGGGUGGACCACAGCCAUCAGGUGUCUGUGGGCUUGGUGGCUGUGACUUCCGACCCCACCUCCAGUGUCUGUAUAGCCUUUCUUCUGCUCUCCAUCGACGCUCUCGCAGCCUCCCUCUUGAAGAGGCUUUGGAAGAGGCGUGUCUUUUGAAGAGGCAUGUCCUCUUCCCUUGCCAGGAGGAGAGCUGUUCCUCUUGCCCCGUACCCAGAAGCCCCUUCAGCUGCUCCACAGGCUUCUCACCCCAGAACAGCAAGGCGAGGAAGGGAAAAGGAAUUCUUCUUUUGUGUUUAUCUUUGUUGUUGUUUUCUCUAAACCAGUGUAGAAUGGAUAGGUGGAGAUGUUGGAGGGCAUUUUAAGUUGGUAUGUGACCAAGGGGGGCUUCCCCCCAGAGCCACAGUCCUUCCACCCUGGGAGUUUGGAAGAGACCAGCACAGCAUCAGCCCAGAUUUGCAAACUCAGCAGUAUGUUUGCUCACAUUCUUUCCGCCUUUUCUCAAGGCUUCUUCCUCCUCCUGGGCAGAUGGCUGGCUGGCUGUGGUUAGCAGGAUCCGGCAAGGAGGCAGGUGGUGACCAGGCCCCUCACUCCCCUGGGGAUAUGCUGAGCUGCAGCUGGAAGAGCGCAUCCCCUAAUUGCAGUCAGUGCCCCCUUCUCCACCCCACCUCCCUGCCCUCCCUUGGGGGCAGCUGUCUGUCCACGAGCACAUGGGGAAGCAGUCCCUAGACUCGGCACCCCCACCUCUCCCUGGCCAUAGCCCACACUCUGAAAUCCUAGUGAGGGUUCAAGUCUAACCGGAUAUUUACCUUUUGCUUAUCUUUCCCUUCUGCCCUCCCCAGGUGUCUUCGCUCUGAGUAAGGUCCCAGGUGGCCAUUCCUUUUGGGUGAGGUGGGUGGCCUUGGUCAGGUAGCAGCGUCCACGUACCUUUGUCUUGCAGGACUCCAAGCCCAUCCUCGCUUGGUGGCAGGACCUCCUUCCCUAGCUCCUGAGGCCCAGCUUGUUAGCCCCAAGUGCCUGUCUUUCCCCUUCCCCCGCUCUCCACUUCAUCUGCCUCGGGCACCCAGCAGCCAGUGGAAGGCAGCCCGAAGUCAAGGCUGGCUCUCCCUGGGUAGUUGCCCGUCCCUCCGCCGCUCUGCAUCUCUUCUCGCUGGGGUCAGCCACCUGUCUCUUCCUGCCUUUUCACCUGGGUCUCGGGCUUGGCAGCUGCCCUGGGGCACAUCAUCUCAGCACCACCAGUUUAUUAGUCCUGUGCAAGUUGUAGAAAUCUCCAGUCCUUAAAAUAACAGUCGGUUGUUCUCCUGGGAUCGGUGGAAAGGAGAGCCUUUGGAGGGAGGAUCUGAGCGUCAUUCUCCCUCAGUGAGAGGAAUCGACAAGACAGAUCAUAGUGCCUUAUUCCAUUGCCCUCUCCGCCAGGCCGUCUGGCUUAGUACAUGGCUUCUGUCUCCCUAUCCGUGUCCAUCUGUCCCUUAAACUCACUCCCGCACACAGAUAGCCACAUGGGAGGAUGGCUUCCCCGCAACCUCCCCAUCCCUUCCUCAGAGCUGUAGCCAGCCAUGUGUCCCCCACCCACCACAGGGCACCACUAGCAGCUUCGCCAAGGGCAGAGCUGUGCUGCAGAUGGGUGUGUGCUCUGCCCUCCUCCCCAGCAGGUCCCCGCCUCUUCCCUCCAGCCAGGAGGAUGUGUGUCUCUUUCUUCUAGGCCUUCAAGGCCAGCUCCAUCUGACCCCCUCCUGGGCAUGGGGACUAAGGCCACGGACCUUAGCCUCCUCUCAUCCAGAGGCACUGGGUCAAAAGCGGAAUUCUUUCCCCUAACCCGCUGUGAUUCGUGCCCCCGUGGUUGUCUUUCUGAGGGAGUGUAUUCAAUGUUUACUUAAGAAAUAACGUGUUUACAGCUGGAGGAGAAACGUGCCCGUUGCUGGGUGGAGAUUUGACUCUCUGUACGGCUCCUGGCCUCCUUUGUGGCACUGCCCAUGGUGACCCCAGAGCGAAUUAAGGCAGGGGGCCGGGCCGGGGCACAGGCCCCACAACCCCUCUGCCCCUGACCCUGCGGUGCUAAGACCACUUGCCACCUUCCUCACAGCCUUCAUUCCCCGCCUCUCAUUCCCUUCCUCCAAGAUCUCUCUCUUUAACAUAUCAGUUAUUUCCUAGAAAACCAGUGUUUGGAGCAAUAAGAUUUUUUUUUUUUUUUUUUUUUUGCUUGAGCCCUUUUCUAAAAAAAGGAAAAGAGCAGACAUUGUGGGAAUCUUCUUUCUCUUUCUGCUGUUGCUGUUUACCUUUUUAGAAGACAGCUCUAACUUGGAUGGAUAUCUGGGUUUCAGCCUCAGGUUAUCCUUAGGAAGCUUGGAGAGGUAGGAUCAGGCCUCCACCCCCUAACUCUCUGCUCCUGCUGCCCAGGCUCCCAGACCUGCCCACCAAGUGCACGCCCACCUUUGCUCCUCUGUGCCGACCUCUCCCUGCCUGUCUGGGCUGUGCCUCUCAGUGGGGUUUUUAGGUUCUUGCCCCUUCCCCAUCCUGGGCCUGGGCAGGGGGCCCAGCUGCUGGAGUCUCUAAGAUCUGGUGACCUGAGAAGAGCUGAGUUGUGUGGCUCCAGGCUCCAGACCCCUGGCUUGGGGCUGAGGCGCAGCCUUAGGGGCAGUGUGGGCCAUUUCCGAUCCUGCCCUGCCAGGCUUCAAUGGCCAAGCCAUCUGGAGAGAAGGCGUUGGGAGUGGAGCACCAGGAUGUGUCAUGAGGUUGGCUAAUGUCAGCAUGCAUAGUCGAGGGCUGAGUCCACUGCCAGUGGCUCCCGGAGUCCCUAAGAUUGGGAGGUGAACAGGAAGGAGACCCCUGCAUCUUUUUCCCUGAGAGGCCUCAGGAGGAAGGGAGUCCAUUUAGGGACGUUUUAAAGAAGCCUUUGUUCUCCAGGUGCCUCUUUCCAUCAGAGCAGGGAGGAUGUUGGAGUGAUUUACAUUCGUGUGGGGCCAGCUUGGGUGCAAGGGAGGUUUUAACCCAGGCACAAGGUUAGUUUCAAAGACUAGUUAAUCUAUUUUCUUUGUUUUCUUUUUUUUUUUUUUUUUUUGCACAGAAGCUGGUAAUCUAGGACCUACGUGUGAACAACUUUAUAUAUGAAUAUUUUUUGUACUUGGUUUACUUGGGUUGGUAUGAUACAUUAUAUUUAAGUUCCUUGAACACUGUGGAUCCCCCUAAUGUGUAUGAAUGACUGAGGCUUUGUAAAUUAAGGGACGUUUGUGUGAAUAAAGUUAUUUGAUGGGGUCAAAGAAGCCAUAUGUGAUUUGAAAA